AUGACUUGGAAUGCAUUAAAAUCUAUCGAACAUCGAGAGAAUGAUAAAGAUUCAUCAAUAAUAUCAAACACAAAUAAAGAUACAAAAGUUAAUUUUGAACGAUUACUUUCAACAACAUUAUUUUCUAUAAAAUCAGUAGUAAGUCUUAUUUCUACACAAGGUUUAUUAAAAAAUUUGGAAGAGACACUUAAUUAUUUUAAAUCAACAUUCAAUAUACAAAAGAGUGUUCGAAAUGAAGGUGAUAAAUGGAAACAUUUUUCUCGACAAAUUGUCGAUGUACUUCUUGUUCAUCUUACUAUUGGUUUAUCUAAGGAUCAAUCACUUUUGGAUAUUUAUUCAACACAAGUAAUACUAUUUGAUGUUGUAUCAUCAUUUGAAUUACGACCAAUUGAUCCAUUUGUUGUUGCUUUUCGAGCAUCAACAAAUAGAAAUGUUGCUGAAUUAAUUGUUUAUAAUCGUAUUGAAAUGACGUUGACACUUGAUGAAUAA